AUGGCCUUCUAUCUUCUCGGAGGUUACGAUUUGACUCUAUUAGCUCCGACAGCAUAUAUGAAUUUGAAAGUCAUUUUUAUAACAAAUGUUCUUUUUAUUGGACAUUCGUUCAAUAAAAAGAAAUUCAAUAACGUAGAAUUCCUGGAGAAAUUCUAUAACGUAGUCAUCCUCUCUGACUCCAAAGCCGCAGUCCAAGCUAUUGCUUCCUCCGAAGCCCUCGCAUCUGCCGACAUUUUACAUUGUCGUCAAGCCCUUCACAGGCUUGACCAACACAACAAAAAUGCCGCCAUGCUAUGGGUACCAGCGCACUGUGGACUUCAAGGUAACGAAACUGCAGAUUUCUUGGCCAGAAAAGCAGCCAAGAUUCUACAAAUAUCUCCUAAGCCAGUUCCUUUCUACACCUCAAAAAGGCUAAUUAAAAUCUCUCUUCGAACAACAUUUGAGGCAAAACUCCAAGAAGCAAAUAAAGAUAAGGACUGGCUGGUAGGAAUCAAAGAUAUUCCGUCAUGGCCAAGAGAAAAAUCUAUGGCCCUUUUUCGCCUUGCCACAGGCCAUGACUGUUUAUGA